UUUAAGGGUGGGGCUGGUGUCAUGGCUUCUGCAGCAACAUUUACAAUGGGAGAAAACAACGAGUUUACAGUUACUCCUGCUGUUAUAGAGGCCUUCAAUGAGUAUGGAUACAUCAUUGUUAGGUCUCUUUUGAACCGCCCUGAAGUUGUAAAGCUUCAGGCUAGUCUUGAGAGUGAUAGUGAGCUCCUUAAACACUCAUACGGCCGGGAUGAUGGUAACGGUAGGAUCAGUCGUAUGGCAUUGUGGAAUCAUCCUGGCAAAGACAUCAGUGGAAUGAUAGCACGAUCAGAUAAAGUGGCUGGAACAAUGGAAAAAUUGCUAGGUGGUGAAGUUUACCACUAUCAUACUAAGCUAAUGAUGAAAGAAGCACGUACUGGUGGACAAUUUGUAUGGCAUCAAGACUAUGGCUACUGGUAUAACAAUGGCUGCCUUUUUCCUGACAUGGGAACAGUUUUCAUUGCCAUUGAUAAGACUGAUGUUGCAAAUGGCUGCCUCAAGAUACUUGAGCGCUCACAUAAAGCUGGUCGCAUAGCCCAUAUACCAGUUGCAGGACAAGUAGGAGCUGAUCUUGAGAGAGUGGGCAUGAUUCAAAAGAUAUUGCCACUGGUUGAUGUUGAGCUAGAGGCUGGAGAUGCUCUUUUCUUUCACUGCAACUUAUUGCACAAAUCCGAGCAGAACAACAGUGACAGGAGGAGAUGGGCAUUCCUUAUUGCUUACAACAGGGCAUCCAAUGACCCAGUCAUUCCUCACCAUCAUCCGCAGUACACUCCUCUUGCUAGAGUACCCAACUCUGAGAUACUCAAUUGUCAAACAGAUGAUGUGAGUGGGAAGGACUUCAUGGAUCCUGCUACUGAGCAUCGUAUGAAAUAACAGGGAAAAUGUUGAACAUGCUGCCGUGCUAUAUAUUAUAAUGUGCUUCUAAAAUUACCUUUUUUACAAAAUAACAAUUAAAAUUAAGGCUACUGUAUUAAAAAUCAUUAAAAACACUUUAGGGUCAAUUUUA